AUGAGUAGUAAACAAGAUGGAGAAUACAUUGAUAACAGUCGCACAUUAUAUAAAGUACAAGAAGGUAAAACCGAUAUUGUUAUUUUAUCUCAAUGUGAAGUCAUUUUUGGAAAAGAUAAAUCUAAUUAUUGUUUCCAACUUGCCACAGAUUCUCUUAAAUCGUUUGCAUUUGAACCAAAUCCGAAUUUACGGAGUAUCGGUAGCUAUGCAUUCUACAAUUGCGUUAAUCUUCUUUCGAUUGAUCUCCAAAUGUGCACAAAACUUGAAUAUAUUGGUGAAUAUGCAUUUUACAACUGCAAAUCAGUUACAGCAAUUACACUCCCAGAAGGCUUACAAUCAAUCAAAAGUUAUUGCUUCUACAAUCUUAAAAUCACAUCGAUAAACAUUCCUUCUACAGUUUCUUCUAUCGCAAAAUAUGGAAUUGCGUCAACAACUACUUUGACACAAAUCACAUUUUCUCCGAACUCAUUAUUGACUUCAAUCGAUCAAUCUGCCUUCCAUACCACUUCAUUUUCAUCAUUUACCGUUCCUGAAAAAGUAAGAAGCAUCAGCGGUGUUGCUUUCUAUGGAAAUGCAGUAAUGAGAAACGUUUAUGUCUCAAAUAACAAUGAAAAGUUCUGGAGUGACACAUUUGUAGUAUAUACCAAGGAUAAUACCACCAUUGUAUAUUGUGCUCCUAAUUCAGGCUUAACUUCAUUAACAAUUCCAGAUACUGUGACAUCAAUCAACGAAGGUUGUUUUCUUCAUUCGAAGAUGGAAUCAAUAAUCAUCCCAGAUUCAGUUACAAAAAUAGAAGGUUAUGCAUUUUGUAAUAUGAAACGUAUAUCAACAAUAGUUUUACCAGCUGUUCAAACAAUUCCAAAUGCUUGUUUCGAAUCAAGUUCAAUUACUCAAAUAACGAUUCCUGAAGGUGUAACAAAAAUACAAUUACAAGCUUUUGCUUAUUGUUCUUCUUUAACUUUGAUAAAUCUACCUUCAACACUAGUUGAUAUUGGAGGCAAUGCAAUCACGGUAAAUGAUAAUCUCGAAAUCAAAGUGUCAGGAAAUGAAGUUUUCAUCGAUAAUCAAUUAUUACUUUUGACAAAUCAAAAUACAACUUUAUCUCAAUUGUUAAGCAGUUCCAUUACUUCUGUAGUUAUUCCUUCUACUGUGAAAACAAUUAGAGGUUCCGCAUUUAAAGAUAAAAUUAAUUUAGUUUCAGUUUCUUUCGAUGGAGUACCAAAUCUUGAAAUAAUAGAUAGUAGAGCUUUCAAAGGAUGCACAAAGUUAUCAUCUUUCCCAAUAAGUCCAAAAUUAAUCUCAAUAGGGGAAGAAAGUUUUCAAGAUACCAGUUUAAGUGGAGAAUUAAAUUUCCCUUCUUCGCUGACUAAAAUUGGUAAUUAUGCUUUUUACAAUGUAGCAAAUAUCGAAAUAUUAUCAUUUUCAUCGACAAAUAAUUUAACAAUAGGAAGCUAUGCCUUCAGUGGUUGUUCAUCAAUAAAAUCAAUCACUCUGCCAUCGAAUGCAAAUGUUUUCUUAGGAAAUUAUGUUUUCAGCGGCAUCCGAAAAGUCAAAGAAUUUACAUUCACCAACAACAUCAAGAAAUCAGGAUUAGGGUGUUUCAUGAACAGCAGUUUCGAAACAUUCACAUUCGAAAACGACAUUUUUUGUUCGAACGAACUCCCUUCAUCAUUUUUCAAAGAUUGUUGCAAUUUAAGUCUCAUCUCUAUUCCAUCUAACAUUACCACACUUGGCACCGAAUGUUUGAGCAACACAGGCAUCACCGAUCUUUAUCUUCCCGACUAUGUUGAAACACUUGGUCUUCAAUGUCUUAAAGACUGCACAUCACUCGAAUCUGUUCACAUUUCAUCAACAAGCAAACUCGAGCAUAUCGAAUUUGGUGUUUUCAGUGGAUGCUGA